AUGUAUGACUCUUCCUUCGGUGGUAUUUCCUUUUCGGGAUAUCCAUCCGUCGCAUACACCGACAUGAUCACUUUCUCCAUUCUCUUGGGAGUGUUAUACGCUGUUUCUUUGGCUGUUAUCCGUCUAUGGCUCAGCCCAAUUGCCGGAUUUCCCGGUCCCAAACUCGCGGCAGUUACAUUCUGGUAUGAGUUCUACUACGACUGGGUUUUGACUGGGAAAUACUACCAACGUAUCAAAGAGAUACAUGAUGAAUAUGGACCAAUUGUUCGCAUCUCACCAGACGAACUCCACAUCGCUGAUGCGUCAUUUUAUGACCAACUUUAUGUCUCAACUGCAGUCAGGAAGAGCAAUGGCUACCACCGCUUCGGUCGGGGAACCGGUUUUGAAGAUAUGGUUGCCCUCUCAAUAGAUCAUGAUAUACAUCGAGCUAGCAUAGCGCCUUUGAAGCCGUUCUUCUCCCCCGCUGGUAUCAGCCGGGUUGAACCUCGAAUCGAGGCAUGUGUCCUCAAGCUUGGUCAGAAACUGGAAGAGCUAGCCAGUGUCAAUGCCGACCCGGGCAAUCCCGUGAUUGUAAAUCUGUCCCACGCCUUCAACUCAUAUACAAAUGCUGACCAUGAGCAGAAAGCAAGACGAGAAAUCCUGAACUCAAAAUCACGCCCAGCUAAGGAAGCAAAGAACCGGGCAGACACAACGGUAUUCGACCACCUUGUUCACAGCGAGCGUACCGAUACACCAUACGGGGUCGAGUCAUGCAGCCGAGUUGCACAGCUUAUUCAACAAGCGGGAACAUACAAUUCGGGUCGAACCAUCGAGACUAUUGUUGCUUUCCUCUGCCUAAAUGAUAACAAGCGCAAUAUUCUGUGUGAGGCUCUCCGUCCGGUCUUUGCACAGAGCGAUUCCGUAUCAUGGAGAGAGCUCGAGAAGAUUCCGUAUCUUUCUGCUUGUAUUAAGGAGGGUUUACGCUUGGCAAUUGGUAAUAUGCUCCGAGCCCCGCGGAUCUCGGACGAUGAGUUAUACUACAACCAAUGGAGGAUCCCCAAAAGAACAGCCGUGUCUAUGACUACCUACUGGAUGCAUAUGGACCCGGUAGUCUUCACUAAUCCAUAUUCAUUCGAACCGGACCGCUGGCUUAAUUCUUCCCCCGACAAGCUGCGGGAGAUGAACAAUCAUUUCGUGCCGUUCGCAAAAGGCUCUAGGCCGUGUCUCGGGCAACACUUGGCCUGGAUGGAAUUGUAUCGUGCCAUUGCCCAUCUCUAUCGCCCGGGAGUGCCUAAGAUACACCUAUACGAAACCGACGAGACCGAUGUUAUUCCAGUUCACGGACUCCUUUUUUCGAUGCCGCGACGUGAUUCACCGGGGGUUAGAGCCUUCCUGACAAAAGCACCUCACUGA